GAGACCCCGAUACGGGUACCAAAUUACGAAUUACAUGCAUAAACCCAAGAAUAUCUGUUCUCCCCCUAUACGUCUAUAAUAUACCCCCAUACUGUCCAUACUUGAGGUACUCAAUGUGUAAUUAGUGUACUAAUACAACUGUGAAUAUACGGUCAGUCGAGGGAAGAGAGUUGACGUCAUCAAAGAUCUUUAAUUCCCCAUUCUCGAUUCUCAAGGUCGAGCGGCUGACUGUAUCUUAUUUAAAAAAAAAAAAAUUUUUUUGUUUAUUUGUGUGUCUUCUCUUUUGAUUAUCCUUUGCUGUGUGUGUUUCUAGUUACCCUCCUAAAAGGUUCCCUAAUUAAGGCUCUAAAUACCUACUUCCCCGCCCUAUAAUGUCCACACGUAACUAUGUACAAUAGUAGAGGUCUUGGCAUACAACAAUAGAACAUAACAAACUUAUAUGUACAUACCUCUGGAAUAAAAUAAACAUCAGAUGUCAAUAUGAUUGAAAAGUAAAUUAAGCGAGCAUCCCGUUUGAGUUAGUAAUAUGAGCAGUGGACACAAUUCCACCCAAAAGUUAUUUAUUAUUUUCUUAUAAUUUUAUCUUGAAACCUCGAACACACACACACACACACACACACACACACACACACACACACACACACACACACACACACACACACACACACACACACACACACACACACUACUAUCUAUUUGAUGCCUGUUGCUAAUUCUAAGAACCAAAAUUUGAGGUUAAUGUUUGUUGUAUGCUUGCUUCAGCUAGUUUAACCACAUAGAAGAACCCACAUUCCCCAAUCACACUAUCAACUACAUGUACCACAAAACCUGACCCAGACAAUACAGGGUUGUACUUUAUACCUAAGCCCCCCUCAGAAGUUUUCUUUUAAAAGCCAACUUGAAGUAUCACAGCAACCAAUAUCAAGUCCAAGUUAGAAGAUAAGUCUUAUAAUUUAUGUCAGCUUGACCUCAACGUUUUACAGCUUUACAAUAAUUAUUCAGCAUGGCCCCAAUGUGAAUAGAUGUACAAUAACUAUUGGGUGUUAUAUAGCACUGUAGUUGCAUGUGUAUGUGACUGAAUGCAACAGAUGAAUGGGGAGAGUUGGUGCACCAUUAAAGACUCUUUAACCCAUCAUUCUCGGCUCUCCAGGCCGAGCAUCUGUAUGCUUUUUUGUUUCUGUCUGUUUCUGUGUUGUGUGUACCUUUAGUCAAUUAAAGAAAUCAGAUCAGCAUGACCACCCCCCAGUAACAUACAUGUGUACAUAGAUAACUAAUUAUGAGUACAGUACUGUAAUCUAUAAAUAUAGUAGGAUGUGUAAUAAUGUAAAGUAAUACUAAGGAUAAAGAAAAGACACAGCGCUGACAGCAUUUUUCUUAAAAAAGCACAGAAAGACACAUACAUGUAACAGGUCAAAUUCUAUCAAUUACUACAUCUACAUGUACAUAUAAUUACCCAAACCCCCUCCCCCUGGCCUCCCUUGAGAGUAGUUAAAACCAGCAGAUUAGACCCAAAAAACACAAUUCAUGCAAGUAAAGACUAGAUCACAAGAGUUGAAGGUAAUAAAGUACAAAUAAAUAAAACUGCAUAUUAUUGUAAUAGUAUAAUAAUAGUUAGAAGCAUGAAUAUAAAUAAUAGCUAGCUAGCUUACCAGCUUGAAAUUAGUUAUUCCUGCAGCCAUUCAUGUCUCAUAAGUUUAAUUUGUAAAUGCAUUAUAAGGAAAUAGGAGAGGUGGUUACCCAAUUCUACGGUCAGAUAAGGCAGUUCCUCGCAAUUUAUUUUUUCGUUUCAACCCCUCCAACACACACGUGCUCCUUGAGUACGGGGCUGAGUCUGUGGCGUUGGGUCUAUGCCCUCUGGCAUUGCGCCUUAUGUGGCUGGGCCUCUCGUUUCGGGCUCAGUCGAGGAAUCUGGUUUCGAUAUGAAGUCACUGCCCUUAGUUUAUGUGGUCCACUUCUCACAACCCUAGGUUAUUUAACUGAAAUUUAUUUAACUGAAAACCAAUUAAUUUGAAGAGACUGAAUGGCUACUUGAAUAUCGGCUAUAUACAUACUGAAUUUCAACACUUAAAUGUUUUCACAGCCAUGAAUAAACAAGCUAAAGAAUUCCUAAAAGCCAAAUCGGCUCAGUAUCAGAAACUUCGCUCAGCUGUCUCUAUCCUAGAGGAAAACAUUCAAAGGCAAAACCAACUGAAAUUAGGAGCGAUCCCGGAAGAAUUCAUACCGAAACCUAACUUAACCUGCGAAAACGACACUUUCCAUCAACAAUUUCUAUCAGAAUACUCCCACAUCUUCACAAAAUAUCUAGAAGCAGUAAUAACCAGCAACAACCAGAGUUUGGCCCAAACAAAGACAGCACUAGAAUCUCUUGUGAAUGACACAGAACGAGAUUUACUUAAAUUUGAAAUACGUGACACAGAUAUCCAAAUACAAUACAGAAAAUUCCUAAAAGAAAACAAGAUCCACGGACACGUCCCCACACCUGAGUUGCAAAUCAGACUAAAUAAAAAACAUCGGCCGCCAAGGCUUUCUCUCGGUGCGAAACGCAAUACUCGCAGAAAACGGUGUAGAGAAAUAUCUCAACACCCAAUAGCCCAAAAAAUUCCCAAAACAUCACAAACUCCUUUUUUAUGGGAAGGCCCCCAACCGAAACACAACCCACCAGGUGCGUCCACAAUCUGAGCUCACUCACCCUCACCACUGCCGAAUCACAAUUACUAAAUAAAGGCCUAAGCUUCGCACCCACCAAAAACUUAUGUAGUACGGAACCCAAAUUACAACUGUUACGAGAGUUUAACGAAUACUCAAAGUCACUUAGAAGAAUAUACACUAACUCUAUAUAUUAUCGCACGCCGAAACCAGUAAAAAGUGGUAUACCCACAACGACAGAAAAAGUACAUAGACCAAUGCGAUUCCUACCAACAACCACAUACUCUUCUUUUAAUGAUACAUACAAUAGUGGAUACAGAAAUGUCGAACAAUACAUUUCCGUCACAAAAGAUAAUAUCAAUGACCAGUUACACGAAAUCUUCAAGCCCAAAACAAAUGUCACACUCGCAGAAUCUCUAGCACUACAAAAAUUCAAAAAACAAAAAAAAAAAAAAAUCGAGUCACCAUUAAGCCAGCAGAUAAGAACUUAGGCGUAGUUGUAAUGGACACCACAGAAUACGUCCAACAAUGCCUCCUAAUCUUACUAGACGAUAAGGUAUAUAAAAGAACCGCCGAGUAUCCCACCACCAAAAUCACCAACCAACUCCAAGAAGUUCUGUCAAAAUACCAUACCACACUCACUAGUACGGAUAAGCGGCUAAAACGAUUCGUUCUCCCCAAUAAAGACAUUUUCCAAAUUCCACAAUUUUACGGCAUUCCGAAAAUUCAUAAACAAUUCAAAAAACUGCCACCAGUCAGACCCAUAGUUGCAAACUGUAAUUCUCCACUAACGCCAGCUAGUAAGCUCUUAGAUCAUGUGCUUCAACCCCUAGCUCAAACGUAUGAAGAUUACCUACAAAAUUCCGCUUGUUUGUCACUAAUUCUAGAAGACUUACAAAUUCCCGACAAUGUGCUAUUAGUAGCAAUUGACGUCAACUCAUUGUAUCCCUCCAUUCCUCAAGAGGAAUGUCUGCAGAUAAUAUACACCGAAAUGUUAAGUCAUAGGUACACGUUGCUGCUAGACCCAAAUCUAAUCAUCCAACUCCUACAAAUAUGCGUUAAUCACAAUUAUUUCGAGUUUGGACCAGUUACAUUCCAACAAAUACAAGGCACAGCAAUGGGAGCCCCGUUCUCACCCACCAUCGCUAACAUAUUCAUGUCGGUAAUCAUCAGAAGAUUUUUAGAAAAACAACCAGCUAAACCUCUCCUGAUUAAAAGAUACAUAGAUGACAUUUUUAUAGUGUGGCAGCAUGAUGAAAACUCGCUAAUCAGCUUCCUAUCCGAACUCAAUGUAUCCCACCAAAAAUUAAGUUACAAAUACUCCUACUCAUCUCAACAAGUCUCGUUUCUAGAUAUGACAAUUUACAAAGGUCCCCACUUCCACAAAUCCCGAAAACUAGACACAAAAACCUUCCAAAAACAACAAAAUCUCUACCAGUACCUACAUUAUACAUCAAACCAUCCGAAACACAUCUUCAAAUUCAUCAUCACCGGAGAAUGUACCAGACUUGUGCGCACAAACACCACCAUCCAGGAGUUUCAAACCAUGACUCAGCUCCUUAGCAUACGCCUUAAAAAACGAGACUAUCCCCAAACCCUCAUUGACAAAACCAUCAAUUCCGUGUCAUAUGAGAGAAGACCUCAGUUACUUCGGAAAAUGAAAAAACCUCCUGCCAGAGUAAGACCGCCCAUUUUCAAAUGCCUCUCGCCUCCAAAUUUCCAAUUGCUAAAAAGCGUCACACUACAGCACUACAAAGGCUUACUAUUACCCAGUCCCAGAAUAAUCAAUCUGAAACAUCAAAAUCUCGGUAAAGAACUCAUUAGGGCCAAAAUCAGUUUAAACGAAGAACAAACGCUCAGAAUUGAAGUAACCUUUGAUCAAGUCCACCAACACACAAUUACAAGAAGCGUUCCCACUCUCACACAACACACUCGAAUAAGUAAGUGUAUGAAACCGAGCUGUGCAACAUGUCAACACCUAGUAUGUAAUAGAUUUUUCAGAUCAUCGAAAUCAGAAAAAACGUAUCCAAUCAGACACCAAUUUUCCUGCAAUUCAAGAUAUCUCAUAUAUCUAAUUACAUGCUCACAUUGCAAGAAACAGUAUGUGGGUUACACCACUCAAACGCUUCGAACUAGAAUCAAUCAUCAUCGUAGCAAUAUUUUCAACAAAGUAAGAACGUAUAUAAGCAACCACUUCAACUUUACCGAUCACUCUGUCAGAAACCUGAAAGUACAGUGUAUUGACGCAGCAACGUCCUUCACAGAACUCCAAGCUUUAGAACACUACUGGAUAGCUACACUUAGAACAAUUAUUCCACAUGGACUAAAUGUAUUAUCAUAAUGUAUCCACGUGUUUUUAAUUAAGUCACAUGACUUGCAGUAAAUACACCUCGAUCCAUUUAAAAAGAUAGCUGUGCAAAAUCUAAAACAGAUACUGAGAUUGCGCAUGCGCGUACCGUUCCCCAUGUAGGGGAUUGGGACCUUUACCCACAAGGGUGGGGUCCCAAUCCCCCACCCUUGUGGGUAAAGUCACACACACACACACACACACACACACACACACACACACACACACACACACACUACUAUCUAUUUGAUGCCUGUUGCUAAUUCUAAGAACCAAAAUUUGAGGUUAAUGUUUGUUGUAUGCUUGCUUCAGCUAGUUUAACCACAUAGAAGAACCCACAUUCCCCAAUCACACUAUCAACUACAUGUACCACAAAACCUGACCCAGACAAUACAGGGUUGUACUUUAUACCUAAGCCCCCCUCAGAAGUUUUCUUUUAAAAGCCAACUUGAAGUAUCACAGCAACCAAUAUCAAGUCCAAGUUAGAAGAUAAGUCUUAUAAUUUAUGUCAGCUUGACCUCAACGUUUUACAGCUUUACAAUAAUUAUUCAGCAUGGCCCCAAUGUGAAUAGAUGUACAAUAACUAUUGGGUGUUAUAUAGCACUGUAGUUGCAUGUGUAUGUGACUGAAUGCAACAGAUGAAUGGGGAGAGUUGGUGCACCAUUAAAGACUCUUUAACCCAUCAUUCUCGGCUCUCCAGGCCGAGCAUCUGUAUGCUUUUUUGUUUCUGUCUGUUUCUGUGUUGUGUGUACCUUUAGUCAAUUAAAGAAAUCAGAUCAGCAUGACCACCCCCCAGUAACAUACAUGUGUACAUAGAUAACUAAUUAUGAGUACAGUACUGUAAUCUAUAAAUAUAGUAGGAUGUGUAAUAAUGUAAAGUAAUACUAAGGAUAAAGAAAAGACACAGCGCUGACAGCAUUUUUCUUAAAAAAGCACAGAAAGACACAUACAUGUAACAGGUCAAAUUCUAUCAAUUACUACAUCUACAUGUACAUAUAAUUACCCAAACCCCCUCCCCCUGGCCUCCCUUGAGAGUAGUUAAAACCAGCAGAUUAGACCCAAAAAACACAAUUCAUGCAAGUAAAGACUAGAUCACAAGAGUUGAAGGUAAUAAAGUACAAAUAAAUAAAACUGCAUAUUAUUGUAAUAGUAUAAUAAUAGUUAGAAGCAUGAAUAUAAAUAAUAGCUAGCUAGCUUACCAGCUUGAAAUUAGUUAUUCCUGCAGCCAUUCAUGUCUCAUAAGUUUAAUUUGUAAAUGCAUUAUAAGGAAAUAGGAGAGGUGGUUACCCAAUUCUACGGUCAGAUAAGGCAGUUCCUCGCAAUUUAUUUUUUCGUUUCAACCCCUCCAACACACACACACACACACACACACACACACACACACACACACACACACACACACACACACACACACACACACACACACACACACACACACACACACACACACACACACACACACACACACACACACACACACACA